CCAACACAGCUCGACUAUCCAAACAAAUACAAUACUUCUAAACUUUAAACUCAAAUCCUUCUUCCAAUACACAUCUCAAGAUGUCAAGUGAAACUUCAGCAGAGGCAGUCACGCCUGUCGAGUAUCAAGGCGAUUUUGAAAAGAUCCAACCUCAAUCCACAGCUUAUGUAUGUCAACACCCCCUAAAAUCCCUAAUUCUUAACUUUCAGCUCAGAAUUAACAUGAAAGAUAGGUUAAGUGGGAUGUGAAGGGUGGUGGAGACCGCACCCAUGAACCCAAUAUCAACACAAACUACACCCUUGAAGGUUCUCCGUAAGUUAUAUCUUUCACCACACAAAGUACAAUGACUGACCACCUCAUAAUAGCAAUAUCCAAGGUGUUGAAAUCAAAUCCACCGUCGACGUUAAGUUGAUAUGCUGGUCGUAAGUGACAAUCUAUCCUUUGGAGUUGCUUGGAAUAUGUAAUAACGGUUGUUUUUAGCGGCGCUCCUGGAAGUGGCACUCCAAACAUUACAAUUGAUGGGCCUACUAAUGGCAAGCACAAGAUUGAUCCCAGAAGACUUGGAGGGUACCGCGUGGAAAUCCGUUGAUUUAUUUAAACACUUCAGUUUAAAUGACUGGUCCAGUUCUCAAUGGGAUCAGCAGUUUCAAAGCCACUGAGUUCCUUCGACACUUCAAUUAAAUUCCUUGAUUCGACUUUGAUUCUGUCAUUUUUAGUUAAGCUACAGUCAUUACUGCAAUGAAACCACACUAUACUUCAGACUUUUCCCUCU